AUGAAUUUAUCUAAUUCAAGUCAAUGUUUAAAUGGAGGUCAAUAUUUUAGAUAUAACAAUGAAACAUCUAAAUGGUGGUCAUGUAAAUGUUUACCAUGUUUUAAAGGAUCAUUAUGUGAAAUACAAUAUAAUUAUAUUCAAUUUUCUUGGACAUCAUUAAUAUCUGUUGAUAUUCAAUAUUCAAAAACAAAUAAUGAAAAAAUUAUUUUAAAGUCAAUUUAUUUUAUAAUAACAACUUUAAUAUUUUUAAUAUCAAUAAUACAAAAUGUAUUUUGUUUAAUAACAUAUUUCAGAAAACAAAUACGUAUAACAACAUGUGGUAUAUAUUUAAUUAAUUAUUCAUUAUAUAGUUUAUUAUCAAUUACACUUCGAGAAAUAACAAUAAUUAAUACAAUUAUAAUAGAUAAAUAUAAUUUUUUUAUUUGUCCAAUUUUACCAGCACUUUCAUCAAUAAUUAUUUCAUUAAGUUUAUGGACAAGUUCAUUUAUUGCUGCUGAACGUAUGUUAAUUGAAUGUUUUGGUUAUAGUUUAUAUCGAACACGAAAAUAUUCAUUUAUUUUUUCAAUUAUAUUAUUAAAUUUAAUAUUUUUAACACAUAUAACAGAAUUUAAACGACGUAAAUUAAAACCAGAUCCAAUAUUACCAAAUAUUUAUAGAUGCACAAGUGAUGAUUUUGAAUGGUCAGAAAAACCAUGGAAAAUAAUAGAUAGGAUAUUAACGCGAGAAUAUUUACAUAUUGGUGUACCAUGUUUAUUACAUUUAGUAUCAACAAUAUUUAUAUUACUACAUAUUGUAAAACAUAAAAUUUAUAUAAAUGAAAUAGAAAACCAAUUUUGGCAAAUAUUAUUAAUACAAUUAAAAAGACAUAAAGAUUUUUUAAUUCCACCAAUAUUAGUUAUGUUAUGUACGCUACCAAGUUUAUUAGUAGAAUUAAUUACAUCGCAAUAUUGUCUUGACUUUAAUAUGAAAUUUAUUUUACGAAUAUAUAUUUUAUUUUGUUAUAUUUAUUAUUUACCACAAACAAUACCAUUUUUUAUUUAUGUAUAUCCGUCAUCAGUUUAUACGAAUCAAUUUCGACAAACAAAAAUUGCCCUUUAUUUAUUUAAAAAAAACAAAACAUUUUUAUCUCAAACAGAUGUUAUGCGAAAAGAAAAAAGAAUAGUCGAUUUAAAGUUUUAG